UGAAUAUUUGUCAGAACGUCAAUUUCUUCCUGCGGCGUCCUCAAAGGAGGAACGUGGUUUUAGGAAGAAAAAAAUUCAAUCCCACGAUUUAAAACGUCCACAAAGAGAUAGACGGAAAGAAAUGAGCCUAGGUUGACGCGCUGCCGCUCGUCAGCUGUUUUCGUCAUCUAAUGUUUUCAGGCCGGAUAAUAGAUCCGUUAGAUGUUUUCAGACCGAAUAGUAGAUCCAGUUAAUGUUUUCAGGCUGAACGAUAACGCGCGUGCUGGCAUUCAAAUUUCCAUCACAAAACUAUCGAGUUGUGGAAAGAGGGAUAUCCCGUUCGCUUCUUCCUGGGAGACUUGCCUCGCUUCAGGGAUGGCCCAGAACGUGAACCCUUUCAGUUCGACGCAGAACACACCGACGAAGGCCGCCGAGGAGAAGCAGAGCCUGCCGAAGGAUAAUCAUGCGGUCAGCAAACGAUUACAAAAAGAGCUUAUGGUGCUGAUGAUGAACACGGAGCAAGGGGUAUCUGCCUUUCCAGAGGGAGAGAAUUUAUUUAAAUGGAUUGGGACUAUCACAGGACCAAGAGACACAGUGUACGCUGGUCUCACAUACAAAUUGACCUUAGAGUUUCCACACAGUUACCCAUAUAGUGCUCCUAUAGUUCGCUUUGCUACACCUUGCUUUCAUCCAAAUGUAGAUACUGGCGGUAACAUCUGUUUGGAUAUACUAAAAGAUAAGUGGAGUGCGUUGUACGAUGUGCGCACUAUUUUACUUUCUAUACAGUCCCUCCUUAGUGAGCCUAACAACGAGAGCCCACUUAAUCUCGAAGCUGCGGAGCUGUGGAACAAUCAGACGAAAUAUAAAAAGUAUUUGAUGGAAGAAUAUCACAGAGCAUUCGAUCGAGCACAAAACAACUGUAAUCAACAAGAUUCAUGAUAAGCCAUAAUCUACUAUAAUCUACAUUUUGUGAAUCAUUUAAUAUUAUUAUUCCUAUCAUGUAUAGGAUUAAAUGUAAGAUUAAAUAGAAUUUUCUGUACUUUUCUUAAGAAUCAUUAAGUACUGUUAAAUUAAAAUUUAUUUUUUCUUUUCUUUUUUUUUUUUUAAUAUGACUACAAGAGAAUUCAUGACUUAUAUGAAUGUUGCAUGACAUAUAACUUAUAUUUCGCAAGAUUUUUAGAAACUUUUGUAAGAGCGAUAUAAACCCAUGUAAUCACUGAUGUUAGGACAAUUGCACAAAAAUUGCAUUUAUUUAUUUUUAUCGUGUAGAAACAUACGCAUUGGUUUUCCGAUCAUUAUCGCUAUUGUUCAUAUUUUACACGUAUAGUAUUUACACUUGAUAUUUGUGUGUUUCCAUUUUACCAUUACUGUAUAGUUCUCCAAAAUAAAUAUUUUAAUGAUCGUACAAUUA